AUUUCCUGCCUGGUUUCAUCAUUUCCUGCUCAAGGAACAAAUAUUACUUGCUGGUAGUGAUUGCCUGAGAAACAAUGCAUGCAGCACAAUGGAAUCGCUUUCUGUUUAUCAUGGGGCCAUCAGUCGAGAAGUGUGUGAGAUGCGUCUGUGUGAAGCGGGCAAAGAUGGGAGCUAUUUAAUUCGAGACAGCGAGAGCGUUCCUGGUGCCUACUGCCUCUGUGUCCUGUGUAAAGGUUUUGUCUACACGUACCGGCUCCAGAGAGACUCAGCGGGCUCCUGGGCGGCUGAGACAGCACCAGGUCAGACUCAACGCUUGUUCCGAAAAGUCAAGAAUUUGAUAAGUGCCUUUGAGAAACCAGACCAGGGCAUUGCUGUUCCCCUCCUCUAUCCUGUAACUGUCCAGAAGUUCUGCUAGAAUAUUCCUAAUCACCAUCCUUAAAACAACAAAACAAACUACAAGCAUGUGGACAAUUUUAUUGUAUAAUUAUACAUUUUAUGCUGUUUCAUAAUAACAUGUGGAUUUGUAUGUAUAAAAGGAUUUGUAUAAAAUUGUGAUUGUGAAUCUUAAUUUGUAAAGAAUGUUUUACUGUGGGAAAUUGUAAAAGCUUAAUCUAAAAUAUAAUUUGAAUGUGUGGUGCAUUUUAACACACAUUAUGAGUUAAUCAUUCUAUAUCAAAUGUUUAAUAAAACAUAAAGUGUUGAAUAAAACAGACUUAACUAGACAAAUAUCA